AUGGACCCUCUGAGGACAGCAGAUCCCUCAGCACCCCCGGGCCCUUUGACUCACCUGAGCCUGCCAGGCAGCUCAGAGACGCAGCUGCAGAGCGGAGCCGACGGGCGGAGCCUCGCGGGCAGUUGGACCAGGUCAUCCCCAGAGUGUGCCAGCAUCCUGAGGGAAGGCGUGCGCAGGUGCCUGCAGCAGCGGUGUGAGCAGACAGUGCGGAUCCUGCACGCCAAGGUGGCCCAGAAAUCCUAUGGAAAUGAGAAGCGGUUCUUCUGUCCCCCGCCCUGUGUCUACCUGUCGGGUCCCGGCUGGAGGGUGAAGCCCGCGCAGGGCCAAGCUCAGCAGGGAGGGGAGACGGGGCCCACGGUCUGCGGUUACAUGGGACUGGACGGCGCGUCAGGCAGCGCCGCCGAGACGCAGAAGCUGAAUUUCGAGGAGCAGCCGGACUCCAGGGAAUUCGGUUGUGCCAAGACCCUGUACAUCUCAGACGCGGACAAGAGGAAGCACUUUCGGCUGGUGCUGCGGUUGGUGCUGCGAGGGGGCCAGGAGCUGGGCACCUUUCACAGCCGCCUCAUCAAGGUCAUCUCGAAGCCCUCGCAGAAGAAACAGUCGCUGAAAAACACCGACCUGUGCAUAUCCUCGGGCUCAAAGGUCUCCCUGUUCAACCGCCUGCGCUCCCAGACCGUAUCCACACGCUACCUCUCUGUGGAGGAUGGAGCCUUCGUAGCCAGUGCGCGACAGUGGGCCGCCUUCACCCUCCACCUGGCUGAUGAGCACUGUUCCCAGGGAGACUUCCCACCUCGAGAGGGCUAUGUCCGCUACGGCUCCCUAGUGCAGCUGGUCUGUACUGUCACUGGCAUCACACUGCCUCCUAUGAUAAUCCGCAAAGUAGCCAAACAGUAUGCGCUCCUUGAUGUGGACGAGCCCAUCUCCCAACUGCACAAGUGUGCAUUCCAGUUUCCAGGCGGUCCUCCAGGAGGGGGUGGCACCUACUUAUGCCUUGCCACGGAGAAGGUGGUGCAGUUCCAGGCCUCUCCCUGCCCUAAGGAGGCAAACCGUGCGCUGCUCAACGACAGCUCUUGCUGGACCAUCAUCGGCACCGAGUCGGUGGAAUUCUCCUUCAGCACCAGCCUGGCGUGUACGCGAGAGCCGGUCACUCCGGUGCCCCUCAUCAGCACUCUAGAGUUGAGUGGUGGGGGCGACGUGGCCACGCUGGAGCUUCACGGAGAGAACUUCCACGUGGGACUCAAGGUGUGGUUCGGGGACGUGGAGGCAGAAACCAUGUACAGGAGCCCGCGGUCCCUGGUGUGCGUGGUGCCCGACGUGGCGGCUUUUGGCAGCGACUGGCGCUGGCUGCGCACUCCCAUCACGGUGCCGGUGAGCCUGGUGCGCGCCGACGGGCUCUUCUACCCCAGUGCCUUCUCCUUCACCUACACCCCCGAAUACAGCGCCAGGCCAGGUCCCCCUGGCGCCCCGGAGCCCGCCACCGAUGCCGACGCACUCCUCGAGAGCAUCCACCACGAAUUCACGCGCACCAACUUCCACCUCUUCAUCCAGACCUAG